AUGCGCUACAAGAAGCUGUCUCGUCUUCACUGCGGGGGCAUCGCUGUCGGUGGCAACCGGACCUGUUGCCAGCUCCGCGCAUCUGCUGAUGGCAGCGGGCGCAGGAGCGCUGACUGGCAUCUGCGCAGACGCGCUGAUGGUUGCUCGGCCCAGUGUGCCGCGGCCAUUGUCGCCAGGCCAGCGCUUUGA